AUGGAAGGCUCCAGCAAGAAGAGAGCUUUCAGCGCCUCUGGCAAUCCCGGAGGCGAGCAGGCGGCAAGGAAGCGACACCGUCUACCUCAGACCUGCGAGUGGGUUCGUCAGGAGCCAGUAUACCAGGCGUGGAAGGCGUGGAAUGAGAGCAGCUCACCCGUCUUAUGGAUUCAAGGCCCAGUGGGCAUAGGCAAGACGUUUCUGGCCGACUUCAUUGCCGGCGACAUCGUAGGGAUCAGCGAUGAAUCACCGGUACUCACGACACACUGUACCGCACAAUCUACUCCAGCGGUGCUAGUACAUGACCUCGCAGCUCAACUUAUAUCAUGUCCAGAAACGCGCGACCUUGUCAAGAUACGGGUUUCCAAACUCAUCGAUAAUACAAACCCAGGCACAGCGAGUGUGCCGUACGAUGCCAGCUACAAAAUCUGGGACGAGUUCAGGUUUAUCGUCAAAGAGUCACCGCGCCUGACGCUUAUCAUAGACGGGCUGGACGAGUUGUCAGAUGAGUCCUUAUCACACUUGAAGUUUGACCUUCCGUCCAAGUUGGUUGAGCUGACUACGAUACUGGCCGGACACGUCAGACUGCUUGUGCUCAGUCGGCCACAAGCCAGCAUCCUACGCGCACUCAGGGAUUCGCCCACUAUUCAAGUAACAGCCGCCAAAGUUGCCGACGACAUGAGACGGUUCUGCUCGUCAGAAGCUGCCAAAUACCCACAGCUAGACCCGGAAGCCGACAAUGUCAGCACAGCUGUAGCCCGGAAAUCGGAAGGCAUCUUUGUCUGGGCGUCACUUGCCAUCAAAAUUGUCGCGAAUGACACCGAAAUCAACAAAGGCAAUAUUGACUCACACUUGGAGCGCCUUCCUACUUCUCUAAGCCAACUUUAUCGGGACUCGUUUGAGCAGCAGUCCAAGGACCUCCCCCAGACACGUAUUAUGCUUCGAGACAGUAUUCUGCGAUGGCUGGCCUUUUCAACAAGGCCAAUGACACUUGCGGAAGUGGCAAAUGCCAUAUCUGCAGAAACCAACAUAUUCAUCGCUGACUUGGAAGCUACCGCGGUGCAAGUAUGCGGAUCUCUGGUCAAGUUUGAGGACGGCCAUGUGAGACUUGUCCAUCACUCCCUCCGGGACUUUCUGCACAGCCAGGCGUCGGCGCCUGCUGAGAAUGAAGCUACGUGGAUCGGCGAACAGCAUCAGAAGAUGGCGACGUGUCUGUUGGCGUAUCUCAUGCACGCGUCAUUCCGGCACAUUGAUGAUCUGCCGAGCUCGAAAGACUUUCGUAACCUCUAUCCAUUGGCAGACUACGCAUGCCUCUAUUGGGUCUACCAUUUGAGCUUGAGCAAGGACGACCAACACCUGAAGGACCAGGUUGAGCUCUUCUUUCAAUCUUCAAAUGCAAGGGAGUGGAUUAUCAAGCUACUUCCCGAAUUACUCGCGCACUCUGUCCUGCCUAUUCCACCUCGGCCACCAAUUAAUGCUCGUUUCUUCUACAUUUCCAUGCUCAAGGCACAAGUGGUGAAUUACUUUGAGCAGGACCGACGGAGUCAAGUUCGCCAGAAUCUUGAUAGAUGGCUGGAGUCGAUUUAUGAGGGACGCUCUGCGGAGAUUAGCAUGAAUGAGAAAUUGACUCCCACCGAGUGUCUACGCCGCCGGGUUGAACUAGCCGAAUUGUACAGCUGGCUACCGGAGCGCGGCGAUAGGGUCGCGGCCCAGCUGAGGGAAGCAAUCGACAUUUCGUCUCAAUCCAUGGAUGGGGACAAGUGCCAGGACUUGCUCACCGCGGCUCGACAGGCACUAGCAGACGAGCUCAAACGCAAUGGACGCUACGCAGAUGCGCAAGAGUUGCUCAAAGGACUAAUAGAGGAUAUUACACGCACGUCCUCGGACGAGAAUCCAGCACUUUCAUUCGCAUACGACAGCCUGGGUUGGGUCCUGUCGCGUCAAGGCAACCUCGAGGAGGCAAACACGUUUCUCCGGAAAGCCCUCGAUGCUUCCGUCAAGCAAUUUGGGUCUAGCUCUCCGCAUACGCUUCGGUCCCGUCUCACGCUGGCAGAAGUUCUGGUGAAGCUUGGCCGUAAUGAUGAAGCACAGGAAUUUUACAGCUUUCUGGAGAACCAGCUGCGCAAAUCGGAUCGGGACGGUGGACAGAUCACAAGUGACCUACCCAAGGACGCGGUUGCGGACCUCAACAUUCUCGCGGGUAUUUACAUGCAACAAGGCAAAUACAGUGAAGCCAAAAAUACAUUCCGCAUGGUGGUGGACGAACGAAAAAAGAUGUUUGGCGCCAACAGCCGCUUGACGUUGUGGGCGGAGAUGCAAUAUGGUCUUGCGGCAAACGGGGAAGGGAAUGCUGAGCAAGCAGAGGCCAUUUUGUCAGGGUUGCUUCCGCGGCAAAUCGACGUCUUGGGCCUUGAACACCAGGAUGUAAAGGAUGUUACGAAAGUGCUGCAAGAUAUAAAGGAAAAGCAGACUUGA